UGUGCGCCCGGUACGGCGCCGUGGUGGGCAGGCUGAGCCGGCCGGCCGACUGCACCCAGCGCCUGGUGCAGCUGCGGCGGGAGGUGGAGAGUGUCCGGGACCGGGAGCUGCUCCAGCUGCAGGACAAGCUGGAGGUGGCUGCGCAGAACCUGCUCUUCCUGCUGGACUGGGGCCGGCUGUGCUCGGAGGACAUCGCCCUCAACAGCAGCACCUUCUCCUGGCCGGAGCGCGUCGCUCCCACCGUCGGCAACAGUGUGAUCCGGUUGCAGAGGGAGCACGAUGUGGCGCUGUCCCGGUUGCUUCAGCGGCAGGAUGCCUUCACCAGGCGGAUUGAGGAGACCGCAGCCGCGGUGAGGGGAUUCUACAGGAAGGAUCGCAUGUCGGAAGCGGAGCAGUACGUGGUGAAGCUGCGGGCCAUCAGCGGGAGAAUCGAGGCAUUCACACAGGAGAAAGCCCUGAUUAACCAUGAAGAACUUCUGCUGGAGACGGGGCACAUUAGCCCUUACCACCAGAUCCAGAACAUCAUCAACGAAAUGAAGCCCUUUGAGAAGCUGUGGAGUACUGCCCUCCAGUUCAACCUGCGUCACGAGAAGUGGAUGAAUGGCUCGUUGUUACAAGUUAAUGCUGAAGAAGUAGAACAGGAGGUGCAGAGCUUAUGGAAGAUCAGCUACAAGUUAACAAAGGUGUUCAAUCACCCAGAGUCACACGGGCCAUUAAAAGUCGCAACCACCAUCAAAACCAGGCUGGAAAAGUUCAAAAUCAACAUGCCUCUGAUCAAUGCACUCUGCGCUCCUGGGAUUAAACAACGUCACUGGAGCCUGAUGAGUGAACAGGUGGGCUUCAACAUCACCCCGGAGGAAAGCACCUCGCUGAGUGACAUCCUGCAGCUGGGCCUUGAGAAGCAUUUGGAAGAUUUGAACCAUGUUCGUUCCCAGGCAAGCAAAGAAUAUACCUUGGAGAAAGCUCUCGGCAAGAUGCAGGAGGAGUGGAAAGAAGUCAACUUUACAUUUGUGCGUUACAAAGACACUGGCGUUGACAUCUUGGCAGCUCUGGAUGACAUUCAGGUUUUACUCGAAGAUCACAUUGUGAAAACUACCACCAUGAAAGGGUCACCAUUUAUUCUGCCUUUCAAGGAGGAAAUCUCAGCCUGGGAGUCUAAGCUGUGGCUCAUGCACAACAUCCUGGAAUCCUGGCUGCGUGUCCAAACGGCUUGGCUGUACCUGGAGCCGAUAUUCAGCUCUGAGGAUAUCCAUAAUCAGAUACCGGUGCAAGGAAAGAUGUUUGAAGUGGUGGACACAAACUGGAGGCUGAUAAUGAAAGGAUCAGUGAAGGAAAGCCAUGUCAUGAGAGUUAUCUCACAGCCACAGAUACUGGAUAAACUGAAGGAGGCAGAAUCACUCUUGGAUAACAUUCAGAAAGGACUCAAUGAAUAUUUAGAAAAGAAGAGACUCUUCUUCCCUCGCUUUUUCUUCCUUUCUAAUGACGAGCUGCUGGAAAUUCUCUCCGAGACAAAGGAUCCACUUCGAGUCCAGCCUCAUCUGAAGAAAUGCUUUGAAGGGAUUGCCCGGCUCACCUUUAAUGCGGAGGAGGAGAUCACCCACAUCGAGUCGGCAGAAGGCGAAAGAGUGGAGCUUGACCUUCGCGUCGUCCCAGCCAGGGCCAAGGGCCUGGUGGAGAAGUGGCUUUAUGAGGUGGAGCAAAUGAUGAAGAGGUCCCUGGGCGAGGUCGUGCUGCGGGCCCUGGCCGCCCACCCCGAGGUGCCCAGGGAGGAGUGGGUGCUCAGCUGGCCCGGCCAGAUCGUCCUGGCCUGCAGUGUUGUCCACUGGACCGCAGCCGUCUCCUAGGCUAUCACUCAGGAUGGGCUGGAAGCCUUGCUGGAAAAAAGCAAUGAACAAAUUGAAGAUAUCGUCACCCUGGUGAGGGGUGAGCUGACCAAGAUGGCUCGAAUAACGCUGGCUGCUCUCAUCACCAUCGACGUUCACGCCCGUGACGUUGUUGCAAAGUUAAACGACCUCGGAGUUAACAGCACGACUGACUUCCAUUGGAUCGCCCAGUUGCGUUAUUAUUGGGAAGACAAGAAGAUCAUAGUCAGAAUGAUUACAACCACGGUGCCUUACGGCUACGAGUACCUGGGAAACACAGGAAGGCUUGUCAUCACACCCCUGACGGACAGGUGCUACAGGACGUUAAUGGGGGCUCUGCAGCUGAACCUGGGAGGUGCCCCAGAAGGACCUGCAGGAACCGGGAAAACAGAAACCUGCAAAGAUCUGGCGAAAGCAGUGGCCAAGCAGUGUAUUGUGUUUAACUGUUCUGAUGGGCUGGACUACAAAGUGAUGGGGAAGUUUUUCAAAGGUCUCGCACAGUCUGGUGCUUGGGCUUGCUUCGAUGAAUUUAAUCGGAUCGAGUUAGAGGUCCUGUCUGUCGUUGCACAGCAAAUUCAGACCAUCCAGCGGGCAGUCUCAGAGCAGGUGAAGACAUUCAUCUUCGAAGGGACGGAGAUCUCCCUGGACUGUUCGUGCACCGUGUUCAUCACUAUGAACCCCGGCUACGCCGGCAGAGCCGAGCUCCCCGACAACCUCAAGGUCCUGUUCCGCACGGUGGCCAUGAUGGUUCCCGACUACACUCUGAUCGCAGAGAUCUCCCUCUACUCCAUGGGCUUCGUCAGCGCCCAGGUCCUGGCCGCCAAGAUUGUCACCACCUACAGACUCUGCUCGGAGCAGCUUUCCUCUCAGCAUCACUAUGAUUAUGAGAUGAGAGCGAUCAAAUUGGUGCUAACGGCAGCCGGGAGCCUGAAAGUCCGAAACCCUGAAGAGAAGGAAGAGGUGGUCACGCUCCGAGCCAUCACUGACGUUAACCUCCCAAAGUUCCUGCCCCACGAUAUCCCACUUUUUGUCAGUAUAAUUUCGGAUCUCUUCCCGGGUGUUGUCUUGCCAGCUGCUCAUCACGGUUGCCUGGAGAUCGCCAUCAGAGAAAUCACUCACAGACUGAAUCUGCAGCCAACUCCCUGGUUCAUUGAAAAAAUCAUUCAGAUCUACGAGAUGAUGCUGAUGUGCCAUGGCUUCAUGGUGGUUGGCAGUGCCCUGGGCGGUAAGACCAGCGCGCUGAAGGUGCUGGCGGGGUCCUUGGACCUGCUGGAAUCCAGAGGCCUGAUGGAGGAACGCAGGGUGCAGUACGUCAUCGUCAACCCCAAGGCCGUCACCAUGGGCCAACUGUACGGCAGCUUCAACCCCACCUCGCACGAGUGGAGUGACGGGAUCCUGGCUAACAUCUUCCGUGAACAUGCCACCAGCCUGACCAAAGACCGGAAGUGGUGCAUCUUCGAUGGUCCAGUGGACGCAGUCUGGGUGGAAAACAUGAACACAGUCCUUGAUGACAAUAAGAAGCUCUGUCUGAUGAAUGGGGAGAUCAUCCAGAUGAGUUGCCAGCAGAGUAUCAUCUUCGAAGUUCUGGAUCUGGAGCAAGCAUCACCUGCCACAGUCAGCAGGUGCGGAAUGAUUUACAUGGAGCCCAUGAAUCUGGGAUGGAGGCCGUUGGUGCAGUCCUGGUUGGCGACCAAACUGCCUCCCCAGCUGACGCCAGACCAGAAACAGGCGGUGCGGGUGCUGUGUGACUGGCUCCUGCCACCAUGUCUGGAUUUUGUUGAGAAGAGGUGUAACCUGGCUGUGCAGUCGUCUGCCAUGCAUCUCACCAGCUCCAUGCUGAAGAUCUACCAGAGCCUGUUGGCCAAAAUCAGCUUUUCCAGCGAUAACAUUGACAAGGAGGAGGAGAUCUUUCUGGCCUUCAAAGCAAUGGAGGAAAAGAGCUUCCCGGCUACAGGACAGGAGGACCUGCAAGAAGUCACCAAUGCACUUGUUGCUUAUGCCUUCUUCUCCAUAAUCUGGUCUGUUGGUGGCAUUCUUGACCCUUCCUCUAAGCACAGCUUUAGUGAAUUUUUCAGAAGGCUUUGCGAUUGGGAGUCAAAACCGAAAGACUUAAAAUUUCCCAGGGCUUUACAGAUACCGAAAAAGGGGAGUGUUUUUGACUUUGUCUAUCUCAAGAAGACCUUUUCAUCUUGGUGCAUGUGGAAGGAUUUGAUUACUGCUGUCGACAUUGAGCACAGGGUCCAGCUUAACAGCAUCAUCGUAAACACCACAGAGACGGUAAUGCAGACGUACUUCCUGGAGAAGUUGUUGCUACGUAACAAGCCGUUGCUGUUUGUUGGACCCACGGGCACCGGGAAGACAACCAUCACAAACAGCUUCCUCCAGCAGCUGUCUCCCGUCCGGUACGCCGUCUGCCAGAUCAACUUCUCUGCGCGGACGUCGGCCAGUCAGACGCAGGACAUCAUCCUCACACGUCUCAAGAAGCGCAGGAGAAGUGUCCAUGGGAUAGAGCCCGAGAAACAGCUGUGUGUUUUCGUCGAUGAUCUGAACAUGCCAGCGAAGGAGAAGUAUGGAGCACAACCUCCCGUGGAACUGCUCCGACAGUGGAUCGAUCACGGUUACUGGUUUGACAGAAAGGACGCAAGCAUCUUCCAUGUCCCCAACACGUGCGUGGUGGCUGCGAUGGUUCCCCCCAGCUGUGGCCGGCAGUCCAUCAGCCCACGCUGCCUACGCCAUUUCAACGUCAUCGCCAUCCAUGCCUUCAGUGAGGAAACUACGAAGGCCAUCUUCCAGCCUGUGGUGGACUGGCACUUCAACGCGGGCUUCCACAUCUCCCUGAGGAGAUAUUCCAGGAUUUUGGUCUGGGCCACCAUGGAAAUGUACACCCAAGCCGUGCAAUGCUUUCCACCCACACCGUCCAGGUCACAUUACAUAUUCAGUCUGAGGGACUUCUCCAGAGUUGUUCAGGGCUUGUUGCUGUUAAAAUCAGACUGUGUUCCCCAGGGGACUGAAGGGGCCCACAAGCUGAUGAGACUUUGGAUUCAUGAAGUCCACCGUGUGUUCUCCGAUCGGCUGGUUGACAGCCAGGACAGAAAGCUCUUCUUCCAGAUAGUCAAGAACGUGGUGCAGACGCAGUUCAAGGAAAAGAUCAACAACCUGUUCCACCACAUGGCCAUCGGCAGAGACCUCGGCGAUGACGACAUGCGCCUUCUCUUCUUUGGUGAUUACAUGCCUCCGAGAAGCGACGAGAAGAGGAAGAAGGCCUACAACGAAAUAACGGACAUGGCUGAGCUGAAGAACACCAUUGAGCACUACCUGGACGAGUUCAAUCGAACGAGCAAGGCUCCCAUGGACCUGGUGAUGUUUAACUUUGCCAUUGAACAUGUCUCGCGUAUCAGCAGAAUCCUCAGACAGCCUCAGGGGCACGCUCUGCUGGUUGGUAUCGGAGGGAGUGGAAGGCAGUCAGCCGCCAGGCUGGCUGCGUUUAUGGCCGACGCCCACACCUCGCAGCUGAGCGUUCAGAAGGUGUACACGCUGGCCGAGUGGAAGGAAGAUCUGAAGGAAGUGCUGCGGGCAUCCGGAGAGAAGGGCACGCUGGCCGCCUUCCUCCUCACCGACCACCAGAUCAAGGAUGAAGCCUUUCUGGAGGACAUCAAUAUGAUUCUGAACACUGGAGAUAUCCCCAACCUGUUCGAUAAUGAGGAAAAGCAUGCAAUCAUUGACCAGAUGAGGCGGCUGGUGCCCGCGCAGAAAACAGAGGAGGACGUCACCCCCCUCGACACCUACAGCCGGUUCACCAAGAGGGUCCAGCAGAACCUCCACCUGAUGCUGGCCUUCAGCCCCAUCGGAGAGGCGUUUCGCAACCGCCUGCGCCAGUUUCCUGCUCUCAUUAACUGCUGCACCAUCGACUGGUUUCAGGCUUGGCCUGAAGAUGCGUUGGAGAAAGUGGCCAAUCAUUUUCUGGAUGACGUGGAGAUGUCUCAGGAAGUGCGGGCUGAAGCUGUCUCCAUGUGUAAACACUUCCAUCAGUCUGUCCUGUCCCUCUCUGAAAGGUUCUACAACUCUCUUCAGAGGAGGAUUUACGUCACGCCCACAUCCUACCUCGAGUUAAUGAAAAUCUUUAAGAGUCUUCUGGAAAGGAAAAGAUUGGAAUUGUUCACCAACAAGAACAGAUAUGUGGUUGGACUGGAAAAGUUGGACUUUGCAGCCUCACAGGUAAAUUUAAGUGAAGAGGAGCUGACGGGCCUGAAGCCUUUGCUAAUGCAGCAAGAGCAGGAAACACAGGAGCUGGUGUCCAGCAUCGCAGAGGAGGCGCAGGAGGUGCAGGCGGUGAAGGGGUUUGUGGAGGCGGAGGAGCAGGUGGUAAACACAGCAGCUCAGGAGGCACAAAAGAUUAAGGAGGAGUGUGAGCGAGAACUGAGUGUGGCCACGCCGGCCCUCAGCGCCGCAGUGGCCGCCAUCGACACCCUGAGGGCCGGGGACAUCGCCCUGGUGAAGUCCAUGCAGAACCCCCCCGCCGGGGUCCGCCUCACCCUCGCCGCCAUCUGUGUGCUGAAGGGAAUUAAACCUGAGAGAAGGGUGGAUGGGGACCGGAGGAGCAGGGAUGACUACUGGCCUCCCGCCAAGAAGAUGCUCGGAGACAUGAAGUUCCUGGAGUCACUGAAGGACUUCGACAAAGACAACAUCCCAGCCCACGUGACGGCGCGCAUCCGCAGGGACUUCAUCAACAACCCGGAGUUCCAGCCGGCUGUCAUCAGGAACGUGUCCUCGGCCUGUGAGGGCCUCUGCAGCUGGGUCCAAGCCAUAGAGGUCUACGAUAAAGUGGCAAAGAUCGUUGCCCCCAAGCGAAGGAAGCUGGCGGAGGCAGAGGCCGAGCUGGAAAUCCAGAUGGAGAAGCUGGACAAGAAGAGGUGUGAGCUGUCGAAGAUCAGGAGCAAGCUGGAGGGGCUGCAGAGCCAGCUGUCCCAGAAACUCGCUGAGAAACAGCAGCUGGAACAGAGCAUCGCGAUGACCCUGUUGAAGCUGGACCGUGCGGAGAAGCUGAUGGCUGGGCUGGGCGGGGAGAGGGAGCGGUGGACCGGCAUAGUAGAGCAACUGCAGGAUACCUACCAGAACGUCGUCGGCGAUGUGCUGCUGAGCGCCGGCGUGGUGGCCUACCUCGGGCCCUUCACCCCCGACUUCCGGCAGAACGUGCUGAAGGAAUGGCUGUGCAUCUGUAAGCAGAAGCUAAUCCCGGUCUCCAACGUUUUCUCCCUGUCCAACACCCUGGGAGACCCCGUCAGCAUCAUGGAGUGGCAGCUGCAGGGACUGCCAAGGGACACGUUCUCGGUGGACAACGCCAUCAUCGUGACCUCUGCCCAGCGCUGGCCGCUCAUGAUCGAUCCACAAGGUCAGGCCAACAAGUGGGUGAAGAACAUGGAGAAGUCCAACAAGCUUCAUGUCUGCAAACUCACAGAGUCUGACUACAUCCGUACCCUGGGGAACAGUGUUCAGUUCGGAAAUCCGGUCUUGAUUGAGAAUCUUUCAGAAGAACUCGACCCCAUUCUGGAGCCAUUGCUGCUGAAGCAAACGUUCAAACAGAACGAGAUGGAUUACAUCCGCCUCGGAGAUACCUCCGUUUUGUAUUCCAGGGAUUUCAAGCUCUAUAUGACCACCCGCCUGCGCAAUCCACAUUACCUGCCAGAGGUUUCAAUCAAGGUGACUUUGCUGAACUUUGUAAUCACACCCACUGGGCUGGAGGACCAGUUGCUGAGCAUCGUUGCAGCAAAGGAGAAGCCCGAACUAGAAGAGAAGAAGAAGGUUCUUUACCUGGAGCGGGCCCAGAACAGCGCUCUGACAGGGCUCACACCCCACAACGGUGACCUCAGCCACCGAGACCGGCCAGUUUUCCCGCAUUGUCCCACUGCGGCCGGACCUGCUGAAGACGGAGCAUUUGCAACUGGAACUGAUGGAAUGGGAGGGGCGAACCUGCAGACUAUUUCUCUGGGUCAGGGACAAGGCCCCAUCGCUGGAAAGAUGAUCGUAAAGGCGGCCGAGGAGGGGGCCUGGCUGGUGCUGCAGAACUGCCACCUGGCCCGCAGCUGGUUACCGGAGCUGGAGCAGAUUUGCGAGGAGCUGCUCACCGACGGUGACAGGACCAGUGCCAACUUCCGGCUGUGGCUGACCAGUUACCCCUCCCAGGACUUCCCCGUCUCCCUGCUGCAGAACGGGAUCAAGAUGACCACCGAGCCGCCAAAGGGACUGCGAGCCAACCUGCUGAGGUCCUAUCUCAGCCACCCCAUCUCCGACCCGCUCUUCUUCGCUGGCUGCAACAAGCCUCAGGUUUGGGAGAAGCUCCUCUUUGCCCUGUGCCUCUUCCAUGCUCUCAUUCAAGAGCGCCGCAUGUUUGGCUCAAUCGGAUGGAACGUUCCCUACCAGUUCAACGAAUCCGACCUGAGGAUCAGUGCAAGGCAAGUUCAGAUCUUCCUGAACGAGUACAGUCAGGUCCCCCUGGAGGCCCUGACCUACCUGACGGGCGAGUGUAACUACGGGGGCCGCAUCACCGAUGACCAUGACCGGACGCUGCUCCUCAGCCUCCUGCAGAAUUUCUUCUGCCCAGCAGCCAUCAGCGACGCCCGCCACAGCUUCUCCCCCAGUGGCAUUUACUUCAUCCCCGCAGCCGGCAGCUACGAAGGGUAUCUGGAAUACAUAAAGCAGUUGCCUCUCAACGCCGAUCCUGAGGUCUUUGGACUGCACGAAAAUGCAAAUAUAAUGAAAGAACAAAAGGAAACACAGGAACUUUUUGAUGGGAUCCUGACCACACUGCCCAGAGAGGUAAACGGAGGAGAAAGAUCGUCAACUGUGAUCGUACAGGAUCUGGCCACCGACAUCCUGUCCAAAAUACCUCCUGACUUUGAUAUUGAGCAUGUAAUGGACCGGUACCCCACCAGGGACGGCCAGUCGAUGAACACAGUGCUGGCGCAGGAGCUGCAGUGUUUUAACCGCCUGCUGGGGGUGGUGAGGACCAGCCUGAGGGACAUCGACAGAGCCACCCGGGGCCUGCUCCUCAUGUCCGGCCAGCUGGAAGCCAUGUUCGACAGUAUGAUCGUGGGCAAGGUCCCCUCCAUGUGGUCAGCCAAGUCCUACCCCUCACUGAAACCACUGGGGAGUUACAUCACCGAUCUUCUGUGCAGGCUUCAGUUCUUUCAGGACUGGAUUGUUCAGGGAACGCCGGCGGUGUUCUGGAUCUCUGGUUUUUACUUCGCUCAGAGCUUCCUGACGGGCACUCUGCAGAACUACGCACGCAAGCACCUGAUCCCCAUAGAUCACCUGGGGUUCCAGUUCGAGGUCACGGAUCAGGAGCAGUCCAUGCCGGCCCCACCACACCAUCGGUCACCAGGGAAUACUGUGGAUGGAUCUUACAUCAAAGGCCUUUACAUGGAAGGGGCGCGGUGGGACUCGCAAAAGUGUGUGAUUGGGGAGUCCCUUCCCAAGGUCCUGUACGACAGCCUGCCCAUUAUUUGGCUCAAACCAGGUGAAAAAUCGUCAUUCAAGGAGCGAUCCAUCUACGGAUGUCCAGUUUACAAGACCAGCAUCCGGAGGGGAACACUCUCAACAACUGGCCACUCCACCAACUACAUUCUGACAAUCAACUUCCCCUCGGACCAGCCCCAGAACCAUUGGAUAAACAGGGGAGCGGCCUGCUUGUGCCAGCUUGAUUACUGAGUGUUGCGGAGACUCGGUCGAAGCCCGACCCAGGGCGCACGUGGGCACCUGCUCCGUGAGGCUACAGCACGCAGGCUGGUUCUGCUAUGGGACCAGGACUCUGCAUUCUCAUCCACAGUUACUGACUGCACUAUAACUACUGAUGGA